GCUGCUGGUUUCACUUGGCCAUAACUAAGAUGAACUGUAUUUCAUACGCUUGUGUGUGUAUAUACAUUAUUAUAUACAUAUUUGUCAUCAAAUGCUUUCGUCUGUACUGUCUUCUUUCUUCUGUACGCCAUUUUUUGAUUGCUACUGUUUCAGCUUUUGCUUAUAAAUGAUCUUGGCUACUGUGAGACUUAGGUCAAGUACUGUUCAUUUGAAUAGAAAGGGCAAAAUUAUGAACCCCUUUUACUCCGGAGCAGCACCUCAGAUUGAGAAUGAUAUUCGUCAAACGACAGAAAAACCAGAAUGGCUUGAAGCGUUUUUGAACAAAACCUUUUUUGGUGGUUGCUCAACUCAUCAAGUUCGAAGAAAUGACCUAAAUAAGUAUUGUAUCAACUGUGACUGUCCUGUUUGCCAGUAUUGUAUUUCUUCAGGUGGCCAUCGCCAGCACAAGCAACUUAAAAUCUAUAGACACGUGUAUAAAGAUGUUGUACCUUUAAAUGAUAUGGAGAAGCAUAUUGACUGCUCAAAGAUUCAGCCAUACAAAUCCAACAAGCAACUGGUCAUAGCUCUGAAUCCUCUGCCUCACUCCGGUCCAAUGUCAAAUGAGGAGGCAUCGUGCAAUGUCUGCAAGAGAAGAUUGAACGAGCCAGAGAACUAUCGCUACUGUUCGAUAGCUUGCAAGGUCAUGGCAUUUUCAAGAAAGAGCAGCAGCUCUGAUCCACCCUUUCUUGCUCCACGACCUGCCCCGCCAAAGGAAAAGCGAAAGCCGGCUUGGAAAGUGGGGAGACCAGCAAAUCGUAGAAAGGGAGUACCCCACAGGGCACCUCUGUUCUAAAGCCCUUAUGUUUCUUUCCUACUGUAGUAUUUUCAAUCUGAUUUGACAUUGAACCAUUUGCUUCCUGUAGUACAUGCAACAUUUGCUCUGUAGCUUCACUUAUGUGAUUUUGUUUCCCUCAUCAAACUUUAAUUCUGUAA